ACGGACACCGCAACCGCCGCAUACUCGUCUCUGGACUCUCGCGACGCGUUAGUCUGUAAUCGUCGAGUCAGUUCGAUAGUAAUCGCCCGCCGCACCAAGCACCCGAGGGUCUAUUAUAUCGAGAGGUCACCGAUAAAGCCCGUACGAGCAACAUGAGGGAAAUCGUCCACAUCCAGGCCGGCCAGUGCGGUAACCAAAUUGGAGCAAAGUUUUGGGAAAUUAUCAGCGACGAGCAUGGCAUUGACCCGACUGGCACCUAUCAUGGUGACUCUGACCUCCAACUGGAAAGAAUCAACGUAUACUACAAUGAGGCAUCGGGUGGCAAAUACGUGCCCCGUGCCAUCCUCGUCGACUUGGAACCUGGCACCAUGGACUCUGUACGCUCGGGACCAUUCGGUCAGAUCUUUAGACCCGACAACUUCGUGUUCGGUCAAAGCGGUGCGGGCAACAACUGGGCAAAGGGUCAUUACACCGAAGGCGCUGAAUUGGUCGACUCGGUUCUCGAUGUCGUAAGAAAAGAAGCUGAGAGUUGCGAUUGUCUGCAAGGAUUCCAGCUUACGCAUUCCUUGGGCGGUGGUACUGGCUCCGGUAUGGGUACCUUGCUCAUUUCCAAGAUCCGCGAGGAGUAUCCAGAUAGAAUCAUGAAUACGUAUUCCGUCGUGCCGUCACCCAAGGUAUCCGAUACGGUUGUCGAGCCGUACAACGCAACUCUUUCCGUGCACCAACUUGUUGAGAAUACCGACGAAACUUACUGUAUCGAUAACGAGGCCCUUUACGAUAUCUGUUUCCGCACUCUGAAACUGUCGACGCCCACAUACGGCGAUUUGAACCAUCUCGUUUCCCUCACGAUGUCGGGCGUCACGACUUGUUUGAGGUUCCCCGGUCAGCUGAACGCCGAUCUUAGAAAACUCGCCGUAAACAUGGUGCCCUUCCCCCGUCUUCACUUCUUCAUGCCCGGCUUCGCGCCCCUUACGUCUCGCGGUAGCCAACAGUACAGAGCACUCUCCGUACCGGAACUCACUCAACAGAUGUUCGACGCCAAAAAUAUGAUGGCUGCGUGUGAUCCCAGGCAUGGCAGAUAUCUCACAGUCGCUGCCAUAUUCCGUGGUAGGAUGUCAAUGAAGGAGGUUGACGAGCAAAUGCUCAACAUUCAAAACAAGAACAGCUCAUACUUUGUCGAAUGGAUCCCGAAUAACGUCAAGACUGCCGUCUGUGACAUUCCACCACGCGGUCUCAAGAUGUCUGCCACAUUUAUUGGCAAUUCCACCGCCAUCCAGGAAUUGUUCAAGCGCAUCUCCGAACAGUUCACCGCUAUGUUUAGAAGAAAGGCUUUCCUUCACUGGUAUACUGGUGAGGGUAUGGACGAGAUGGAAUUCACCGAAGCUGAAUCGAACAUGAACGAUUUGGUAUCCGAGUACCAGCAGUACCAGGAGGCUACCGCGGACGAGGACGCCGAGUUCGACGAGGAGCAGGAAGCCGAGGUCGAUGAGAACUAAAAGAAGACGUUAUCUCGCAGCGAUACUAUCUCGUCCUUUCCCUAUUCUCUCUUCUUCUCAAUCGACCGAGCGAUAACGCAACACAACCCUUCACCCACGCUUCUUGUCUCGUUAUUUCUCUUUUGUAUCUUUUUUUUUACGGAUUUCUAUUUUGAAUUUUUGCGAAGUGCGCGCAUUUUCAAUUACCUUUAUCGCACUUAGUGGAAGAUU